AUGGUGAACAUUGAAUGUCAAUCCAGUUCAUUUCUAUUUGACGAUCCAUCAAGUUCCCUACGUAAAAUGACUUCAACUAUCAAUCUCUACGAUUAUUUAACAUCGAAUAUUUCAUUUAAAACACUGUUCAAUCAUACUGGUGAUGAUGACGAUGACGAUGAUGAUGAUGAUCAAUUAAAUGCAACAAGUCCAAUAACAAUGACAAGUUCCGAUAGUAGUGAUAGUGCUAUUGUCUCGGAUGAUAUCGAUGAUAAUGAUUUGGCAAGUGAAGAAAACCCUAUCGUUCAUACUUCAUGGCCUACGAUAAUUAAAAAAUCGAAUAUAUCAAUAACAUCAACGGUUACAUCGCUUUCAAAAUCAUUUGAUAUUCUAAAUAAUCUCGAAUCAACAACGAUUUCCGAAUAUAAAUCACAACACGAUCGUAAUCAAGAAAAAUAUAAACGACCUUUACCUUGGCUAAAUGCUACAUUGCCUAAUCAUCAUUCGACUCCUCCUGGUCUUGAAUUAACAACAAAUAAGGAUUAUGUUUCACUUGUCCGUGAACUUGCUCAACUACGUGAACAAUUAACUGAAAGAGAGGAUGAAGUUACUGAACUUAAAGCUGAACGUAAUAAUACACGAUUGCUUCUUGAACAUUUGGAACAACUUGUUGCUCGACAUGAAAGAUCAAUUCGAACAACAGUUAUGCGUAGACAAGCUCAAGGUGUUUCAUCUGAGGUUGAAGUACUCAAAGCACUUAAAUCUUUAUUUGAACAUCAUAAAGCAUUGGAUGAAAAAGUUCGUGAACGUCUUAAAGUUGAAAUUGAAAAAAAUACUCAACUCAAAGAUGAACUUGAAAAAACAAAGAAUGAAUUGGCUGGCGUUCGUGAAACACAACAAGCAAAAGUGAUCGAUAUCAAUCAAUUAAAAACGAUGUCAAAUGGUACAAUCGAUCCUGACUCUUUGGCUGGUAAACUAAUUGAAAUGCAAGAACUAAUGGAUAAUCAAUGUAAUGAAUUAAUAUCUUGUCGUGCACGUGUACACGAAUUAAUGAAUCGUAAUAAGGAGUUAGAAGAGCGUGCGUGUUUAUUUCAACGUGAUCUAUCUCAUUCACAUGAACAAAUAAAUAAAUAUCAACGUGAUUUAAAAGAAUCUCAAGCACAAAAAGAAGAUCAAGAAGAACGAAUAUCAACAUUAGAAAAACGUUAUUUAAGCAUUCAAAAAGAAACAACACAUCUAACAGAAUUCAAUAGUCGACUAGAAAAUGAAUUAGCUACCAAAGAAAAUCAAUUUAUGCAUGCCGAAGAAAAAUAUCAAGCUCUACAAGAAAAAUAUGAUUUAUUAGAACAAAAACUUCAAUCUCAAAAUGAAGGUGAUUCAUCAGGUAAACAAAAUGGCAUUACAAUUCCAAAUAAUCUUAAUGGAUCGUCUAUGCAAAUGUAUUCGAACAGUGCAAAUACUGAUGAUAAAUUACACCAGCUUCAAAGUGAAUUUGAUGAUCUCAAAAUGGAAUUAACUCGAGCUCGUCAGCGUGAAAAAGUAACCGAUGAACAUAAUACACGUUUAUCAGCGACUGUUGAUAAACUACUUGCUGAAUCAAAUGAACGUUUACAAGUACAAUUACGUGAACGUAUGCAAACAUUAGAAGAGAAAAAUACUCUUGUACAAGAAAGUGAAAAACUUAAAAAACAAUUAGAAGAAACACAAACUGAUCGAACAAAACUACUUGACGAAAUUGAUAAACUUAAAAAUGAACUUGAAAAUGUUCGCAAAGAAUUACAACGUUUACAACAACAACAACAACAGCAACAGCAACAGAAAAAUGAGUCAAUACAAACGUCUGUGCCCAACGAUUUUGUCACAAGUACAACUGAAUCAAAUAAUCGUGUAUCACCUUCAACACGUGUUGUUAAAACAGUUCCAACAGUAACCGAUCAUAUUUUUAAAACAUCUGAAGCUGAUUGGGAUACAAUCGAUCAAGCUCAAGUUAUAAAUGAUGUUCGUUUAGCAUUUGAAUCAUCAGAUGUUGAAUUAACAACUGAUGAUGAAGAUUCGUUAUAUCAACAUCAUCCGGUGACAAUUAAUAAUGGAAAUCUUCCAACACAAUCAACGCAUAACGACGCGCAAACGUUGGCACUUGUUCUACAAGAACAACUUGAUGCUAUUAAUAAUGAAAUUCGAAUGAUACAAGCAGAAAAAGUCGAUGCUGAAUUACGUGCUGAAGAACUCGAAUCACGUGUUGUUGGUAAUGUUGUUUAUCAUCUAGCUGAUGAGGAUAUUGAUGAUGAUGAUGAUGACAAUGAUAAUGAUUUAAAUACUCACCAUCAUAGACAUCACCCACAAGGAAUAUCGAAUGGAACAAUGCCACAUUAUCAUUCUCAUUUAUCACAGCGUUAUUUAAGAAAUGCAUCACCGCCAACAACAUCAACAUUAAAUACAAAUACACAUUUCCCAGGACGAUUAACACCAUAUUCAACAACACCGGGAAAAUCUUAUAAAUUUAAUACAGCUCCACCUGGUAUGACAGCUGCAAAUAUGUAUCAAUAUAAUCUAGGCUCUGAUCCAAUCAACAUGAAUGAAUACGAUCAUACUUUACAUCAUCAAUCUCCACGUACAUUUCGUAAUGAUUAUGGACCAGGAACACGCUAUUUAAAAUGUGAAUCAAGUCCGCCAGUAACGCCACCUCGAGUUACAACAAAUAUUCGAACAGCUACACCACAUCAUAUUUAUCAUACAUCGUCGAGUAUUCAAAAUCAGUAUAGAAUAAAUACAAAUAUGUCGAGAACAAAUCCACAACACAUCGACGAUAAUACUAGGCACUAUUAUACAAAUUCGUCCAUGGCCCAACCAACAUCUUUAUCGUCAAUAACACAUCAAGAUUCUCCGAGUCCUAUAAGUUCUCAAAAUUCAACAUCAGGUGAUGAGACUAGUUUCUAUACAAGAAAUCAACAACAACAGAAAAAGAAAGGCAUACGAAAUUCUCUUGGGCGGUUAUUUACACGAAAACCUGGCUCAAUCGAUAAUAAAUCCAUGCAUGAAAGUGUUCAUCAGCCGACACCAUCUUAUCCACAAAAUUAUCCAUCACCUUAUGUUACUCGUGCAUCAUCUGUACCGGUCGAUCCUAUGGGACCUAAUGAAAUGAAUGAAUCGACUACUGGUACAUUACUUAGUUUAGGUAAAACAGAAUUCGAUCGACGUAUAAAGAAAAAACAAGAAUUACUUGAAGAUGCCAUACAAAAUAAUCGUCCAUUUUCAACUUGGGAUGGUGCGACUGUUGUUGCUUGGCUUGAAUUAUGGGUUAAAAUGCCAGCAUGGUACGUUGCUGCAUGUCGUGCCAAUGUUAAAUCAGGUGCCAUUAUGUCGGAAUUAAAUGAAGAAGAAAUUCAACGUCAAAUUGGUAUUAGUAAUCCUUUGCAUCGACUUAAACUUCGUUUAGCUAUACAAGAAAUAUUAAAUUUAACAUUACCAGAUGGUCCACGAACAUCAGUUACUUCAUUAGCAUUUGGUGAAAUGGAUCAUGAAUGGAUUGGAAAUGAAUGGUUGCCGAGUCUUGGUUUACCACAAUAUCGAUCCUAUUUUAUGGAAUGUCUUGUUGAUGCACGUAUGCUUGAGCAUUUAAGUAAAAAAGAUUUAAGUAAACAAUUAAAAAUGGUUGACAGUUUUCAUCGAACGAGUUUUCAUUAUGGUAUAUUAGUAUUAAAACGAGUUAAUUACGAUAAGAAAGAACUUGAUCGAAGACGUGAAGAAUCUUUAAAUGAAAAUCAAGAUGUACUGAUGUGGACCAAUGAACGAAUUAUUCAAUGGUUAACAGCUAUUAAUGGAUUAAAAGAAUAUGCUAAUAAUUUAACUGAAACUGGCAUUCAUGGUGGUUUGAUUGCACUUGAUGAAACAUUUGAUCAUAAUACUCUAGCAUUAGCAUUACAAAUACCAAGUCAACAAACAAUGGCACGUCAAAUUCUUGAAAGAGAAUUUCGUCUAUUAAUUGCAAACGGUACAGAUCGAAAAAUGGAUGAAAACGACCGAGCAAAAUUAAAACGUCAUCCAUCGUUAUUUUCUCGAAAACCGAAAUCAAAAACAGUCAGUGACGAAACGACACAGCCCAAUGAAGUUGAUUCAUCAAAUGCAACUCCAACUGAUGAAAAUCAACAAUCAUAA